AUGUCGAAGACGCUGAAGAAGAAGAAGCACUGGCUCAGCAAGGUGCAGGAGUGCGCGGUGUCCUGGGCCGGGCCCCCGGGCGAAUUCGGCGCGGAGAUCCGCGGUGGCGCGGAGCGUGGCGAGUUCCCCUACCUGGGGCGGCUCCGCGAGGAUCCCGGCGGGGGCACCUGCUGCGUCGUCUCGGGCAAGGCGCCCAGCCCAGGGGAUGUGCUGCUGGAGGUGAACGGGACGCCUGUCAGCGGGCUCACCAACCGGGACACCCUGGCUGUCAUCCGCCACUUCCGCGAGCCCAUUCGUCUCAAGACUGUGAAACCAGGCAAAGUCAUUAAUAAAGAUUUGCGACAUUACCUAAGUCUUCAGUUUCAAAAAGGAUCAACUGACCACAAACUGCAGCAAGUGAUCAGAGAUAAUCUCUACUUGAGAACCAUUCCAUGCACUACAAGGGCCCCCAGGGAUGGGGAAGUACCAGGAGUGGAUUAUAAUUUCAUUUCUGUUGAACAGUUUAAAGCACUGGAAGAGAGUGGAGCAUUGUUAGAAAGUGGAACAUAUGAUGGAAACUUCUAUGGAACUCCCAAGCCUCCAGCAGAACCCAGCCCUUUUCAGCCUGAUCCAGUUGAUCAGGUCCUCUUUGAUAAUGAGUUUGAUGCAGAAUCUCAAAGAAAACGAACUACAUCUGUCAGCAAGAUGGAAAGAAUGGAUAGCUCUCUUCCUGAAGAGGAAGAAGAUGAGGACAAAGAAGCUAUUAAUGGCAGUGGAAACACAGAAAACAGAGAGAGGCAUUCUGAGUCAUCUGACUGGAUGAAGACUGUUCCGAGUUAUAACCAAACAAAUAGCUCCAUGGACUUUAGAAAUUAUAUGAUGAGAGAUGAGACUCUGGAACCACUGCCCAAAAACUGGGAAAUGGCCUACACUGACACAGGGAUGAUCUACUUCAUUGACCACAAUACCAAGACAACCACCUGGUUGGAUCCUCGUCUUUGUAAGAAAGCCAAAGCCCCUGAAGACUGUGAAGAUGGAGAGCUUCCUUAUGGCUGGGAGAAAAUAGAGGACCCUCAGUAUGGGACAUACUAUGUUGAUCACCUUAACCAGAAAACCCAGUUUGAAAAUCCAGUGGAAGAAGCCAAAAGGAAAAAGCAGUUAGGACAGGCUGAAAUUGGGUCUUCAAAACCAGAUAUGGAAAAAUCACACUUCACAAGAGAUCCAUCCCAACUUAAAGGUGUCCUUGUUCGAGCAUCACUGAAAAAAAGCACAAUGGGAUUUGGUUUUACCAUUAUUGGCGGAGAUAGACCUGAUGAGUUCCUGCAAGUGAAAAAUGUGCUGAAAGAUGGUCCCGCAGCUCAGGAUGGGAAAAUUGCACCAGGUGAUGUUAUUGUAGACAUCAAUGGCAACUGUGUCCUCGGUCACACUCAUGCAGAUGUUGUCCAGAUGUUUCAGUUGGUACCUGUCAAUCAGUAUGUAAACCUCACGUUAUGUCGUGGUUAUCCACUUCCUGAUGACAGUGAAGAUCCUGUUGUGGAUAUUGUUGCUGCUACCCCUGUCAUCAAUGGACAGUCACUAACAAAGGGAGAGACUUGCAUGAAUCCUCAGGAUUUUAAGCCAGGAGCAAUGGUUCUGGAGCAGAAUGGAAAAUCGGGACACACUUUGACUGGUGAUGGUCUCAAUGGACCAUCAGAAACAAGUGAGCAGAGAGCAUCCAUGGCAUCGUCAGGCAGCUCCCAGCCUGAACUACUGACUAUCCCUUUGAUUAAGGGCCCUAAAGGGUUUGGGUUUGCAAUUGCUGACAGCCCUACUGGACAGAAGGUAAAAAUGAUAUUGGAUAGCCAGUGGUGUCAAGGCCUUCAGAAAGGAGAUAUAAUUAAGGAAAUUUACCAUCAAAAUGUGCAGAAUUUAACACAUCUUCAAGUGGUAGAGGUGCUAAAGCAGUUUCCAGUAGGUGCCGAUGUACCAUUGCUUAUCUUAAGAGGAGGUCCUCCUUCACCAACCAAAACUGCCAAAAUGAAAACAGAUAAAAAGGAAAAUUCAGGAAGUUUGGAGACCAUAAAUGAGCCUGUUCCCCAGCCCAUGCCUUUUCCACCCAGCAUUAUCAGGUCAGGAUCCCCAAAAUUGGAUCCUUCUGAGGUCUACCUGAAAUCUAAGACUUUAUAUGAAGAUAAACCACCAAACACCAAAGAUUUGGAUGUUUUUCUUCGAAAACAAGAGUCAGGAUUUGGCUUCAGAGUGCUAGGAGGAGAUGGACCUGACCAGUCUAUAUAUAUUGGGGCCAUUAUUCCUCUGGGAGCAGCUGAGAAAGAUGGUCGGCUCCGUGCAGCUGAUGAACUAAUGUGCAUUGAUGGAAUUCCUGUUAAAGGGAAAUCACACAAACAAGUCUUGGACCUCAUGACAACUGCUGCUCGAAAUGGCCAUGUGUUAUUAACUGUCAGAAGAAAGAUCUUCUAUGGAGAAAAACAACCUGAGGACGACAGCUCUCAGGCCUUCAUUUCAACACAGAAUGGAUCUCCCCGCCUGAACCGGGCAGAGGUCUCAGCCAGGCCUGCACCCCAGGAGGCCUAUGAUGUUGUCUUGCAGCGAAAAGAAAAUGAAGGGUUUGGCUUUGUCAUUCUCACCUCCAAACACAAACCACCUCCAGGAGUUAUUCCUCAUAAAAUUGGCCGAGUCAUAGAAGGAAGCCCAGCUGACCGCUGUGGGAAACUGAAAGUUGGAGAUCAUAUCUCUGCAGUGAAUGGGCAGUCCAUUGUUGAACUGUCUCAUGAUAACAUUGUUCAGCUGAUCAAAGAUGCUGGUGUCACCGUCACACUAACGGUCAUUGCUGAAGAAGAGCAUCACGGUCCACCAUCAGGAACAAACUCAGCCAGGCAAAGCCCAGCUCUGCAGCACAGGCCCAUGGGACAGUCACAGGCCAACCACAUACCUGGGGACAGAAGUGCCCUAGAAGGUGAAAUUGGAAAAGAUGUCUCCACUUCCUACAGACAUUCCUGGUCAGACCACAAGCACCUUGCACAGCCUGACACCGCAGUAAUCUCAGUUGUAGGCACUCGGCACAAUCAGAGCCUUGGUUGUUACCCAGUAGAGCUGGAGAGAGGCUCCCGGGGCUUUGGAUUCAGCCUCCGAGGAGGGAAGGAGUACAACAUGGGGCUCUUCAUCCUUCGUCUUGCUGAAGAUGGUCCUGCCAUCAAAGAUGGCAGAAUUCAUGUUGGUGACCAGAUUGUUGAAAUCAAUGGGGAACCUACACAAGGAAUCACACAUACUCGAGCUAUUGAGCUCAUCCAGGCUGGUGGAAAUAAAGUUCUUCUUCUGUUGAGGCCGGGUACUGGCCUGAUACCUGACCAUGGUGAUUGGGAAAUUAAUAAUCCUUUAUCUUCAAAUGUGAUUUAUGAUGAACAGUCACCAUUACCCCCAUCUUCACACUCUGCUUCCAUAUUUGAAGAGUCUCACAUGCCAGUAACUGAAGAAUCUUUAAUGAGAGUUCAGAUAUGUGAAAAGGCAGAAGAAUUAAAGGACAUUGUGCCUGAAAAGAAAAGCACUUUACAUGAAAAUCAGCCCGAGGUAAAGCAUCAGUCUCUUCUCCAGAAAAAUGUGAGUAAGAGGGAUCCACCCAGCAGUCAUGGGCACAGUAACAAGAAAAAUCUAUUAGAAGUAGAAAAUGGUGUUACCAGAAGAGGUAGAUCAGUUAGUCCCAAAAAGCCAGCCAAUCAGCAUUCAGAGGAACAUUUGGAUAAGAUUCCUAGUCCUCUAAAAAAUGACCUCAAAAGAAGACCCAGAGAUCGAUCCCUCAGCCCCAGCAAGGGGGAAAAUAAAAGUUGUCAGGUCAGCACCAGGGCAAGGUCUGGACAAGAUCAGUGCAGAAAAAGCAGAGGUCGGUCUGCCAGCCCGAAGAAGCAGCAAAAAAUUGAAGGAAGCAAAGAUCCAGCAAAUGCUAAGGCCAAAUUAUUAGAGGGUAAGAGUCGAAGAAUAGCAGGCCGUGCAGGCGAUAAUGCUGAGGAGAUCCCAGAUGGGAAGGAAAAGUCAGGCGUCAUCAGGAAAGAUGCAAAGCAGAAUCAGCUGGAAAAAAGUAGAACAAGGUCUCCAGAGAAAAAAAGCAAAAGAAUGGUUGAGAAGUCUCUUCAAUCCAGAAAGACUAGUAACACUACAAGUAAAGUAGUAUCUGAAAAUGAAAAAGGAAAGAAAGUAACCACAGGAGAAACAAGUUCUAGUAAUGAUAAAAUAGGAGAAAAUGUCCAGAUAGCAGAAAAGAGGCUGAAGCAAGAACCUGCAGAGAAGAUAGUUUCAAACAGAAUAGAAGAUCACAAAGGGAGAGAACUAGAGGCAGCUGACAGAAGCAAAGAGACUGGAAGAUUCAAACCUGAAAGUAGUUCUCCAGUUAAGAAAACACCGAUAACUCCGGGGCCCUGGAAGGUGCCGAGUGGAAAUAAAGUCGCAGGCACUACUGGUGUGGCUGAGAAACGGCAGUAACCUUUAGUAUAAAACAAAGAAACACAAGUUGUAAUCUUUUCUUACAGCAGCAUUUUUCCAGAAAAAAAAAAAAAAAAAAGCCUUUUUCUUUUCAGAUAUUCUGAAACAGAUAAGUACAUGUUAAUGUGAGCAUCAAGUUACCUAGGCUGCAUGAAGGGCCUUAGGAUUGCUAAGAACCAACUGUCCCCCUGGCUGGCUGUCCUGCCUUGCACUCAGGAAGGAGCUGCAUCCACAUGCUCAUCUGAUCCGCCCUGCUCAGGCUGCCCAGCUCGUCUUAAUGAGUGUCUGAACAAAUGUUGAUAUUAACAGUGUGGUCACAACUCACUUUGUAUUUGUGCCAAGUUAUCUACUGUAUCAUGUCUGUUUUUAUCCUCGUUCAGCUAUUUCCACAGUAAAGAACAAGUUAGGUUUGGCUUGGAAGUUGAUGUCCUCAAUAGCAUGUUGCAUGUUUACAGAGAGAAAUAUUUGAGUCCUUGCAGAGGAAGAGACUGUCAACUCACCAUUAAAGAUGGCACUUGUCUCUUCCAACAGCUACUGAUGAUGUCCCAGUUUAAAAAUAAACCCCCCAAACAUCACUAACUUCACAGGAAAAAAAAUGUAGUCCAAUACUGAUGCUUUCUUAUGGCUUUAUUUUAAUUUGGCUGGAUAAGUUGUUUCAAGUAAGUGUUAAAGAUAGUACUUACAACUGAAUGUUUGAAAUGAGAAAGUACUUAAAGCAAUAGAGUCCAUCUCCUGCUGUGUUAUCCAACAUUGAUGUACAGUUACGGCAUCUCAGGUCACCCUUUUUAUUUGUUAUUUCAUUAUGAAACCAUAAAGAAGCAUGUGGAAAAUAGUGUUUAUUGCUCUUUGAAGAAAAACCACCAACUAUUUCUGGAUAUUUUGGCUUUACCUACUACUAAAGUCAUUAGUCUUUAAUACAUAAUGCAUAUUUGAAAAGGAAACAUAUACAUCAUGUGAGGGACUUAACCACGAAACCAGUUUCACAGUCCAGGUACCAACUCUUCUGGUAGCAGGUGUACAAGCUUGGGUGUUUAGAGCAACCUAUGUAAGGUAUUACCCAGCAAGUAAGGACAAAAGUGUAGACAGUACUUACUGGAUCUUAUUUAACUUUUAGCUACAUUAACUUUCUUACUUAAAAACAAGAAAGGGAGACUAAACAUCUGCUUAGCUUGUACACAUUUUCAGAAUUCUUUUAAAAAGUCUAGUUAAACGUGUUUCUUAGAAGUUGGAGACUGUUAACUUCCGUAAAAUAGAUCAGGUUUUUCAGUUCCCUGAAGCAGCAUUCAGUAGCAUCUAUAAAUAAAGGCACCUUCUGAAAAUAAAAAACUCUCUUAUGGAGUGUGUGAACACACUUGUUCUGUCACCCUGGGUUCAUCUUGUUGUGAAGCACAUUAUGUCCAGGUCCUUCCCUCUGGGAGUCUGACUGUGAAACUCUUUAACCCAACAACUGUAUUAGCCCCUGUAGAUAAGACAUGCUUCCCAGAGUGAGAUUUUUGAAAUCCCUUUUCAUCCAGAACUGUAUUUACACACCUAUUGUAACUAUUCAAAUAAAGCAAAAUUAUUAGGAGGCUUGAUAAAUACUAAGAAUUUAGUACCACAGAAAUUAUUUAUUUUCCCUAUAGUCCACAGAUAGUGAUAACAAAUCCUAUUUUUGUUAACGGUGACAUAACUUUGAUGUCCUAUGUUGUCCUAUGUGGCUCUUCCUUUCUAAGUAACCUCUGUACUGACUAUA